AUGUCGCUCACUCCACCCGAGGCCGACCUUGACCAGCAACAUCCGCGCCAGGUAGCCUCCACACCUCUCCGCACCUCUCCGCCCCGCUCCGCUCCGCUCAGACCGGCCAUGAUCGCGCGAAAUGGGGGCCAUGUGGAGUCCAAAACCCCGCGAUCCGCACGACCCGAUCCCGUCCAGCCAAAUCUCCGACGGACCGCCUGCGUCCCUUCCUCGUCUUCUUCUGUUGAUAUCAUCCGCUCGCUCGAGAACUUCAUAGAUAACCCCGACAGUCCCAUUGACGACGAACACGGCGUGGCAAUCGUUCACGCAACGAACAACAAGGCAUUUACAUCCAUACUCAAUGCCGCCGCCGACACCGACGAGAACUCCCGCCGCAAUGUCCACCUUUACGCCGGUCCUUCCACCAGCGCAUGCUCUGCCAUGGGCCGGUAUAGAGAGGCUAUCGGCCGCCUGGACUCGCCGACGCGGAGGUUUCUUGCAGAAAAGGGCGUCUUUGACUUGCCAGAUGCCCAUCUCGCCGACAACCUGGUCCAAAACUUCUUUGACUAUGCCGAUCCGCAUGUGCCUUUGAUCGACAAGACGGAUUUUCUAGAACGCUACGCAACUCGCAAUGUCCCUCCAUUGCUUCUCCAGAGCGUUCUGUUCGUCGGGAGUCAUUUCGCCUGCGAUGAGCAUGUCGCCGCCUCGCCCUGGGCUACUCGUACUGAGAUGACCGCGAGCUUUUUUGAGAAGGCCAAGCUACUGGCUGACUUCGAACUGGAGAGUGAUCAAAUCACACUGGUUCAGAGUUUUGUGUUAUUGGCCGAGCGGUGGUUUGGCUGGACCGAAGAAAGAAACACGAGGUAUUGGAUGAGUCGGGCCGUCAAUGUGGCGUACAUGAUGGGGCUGCACCGCAAGAUAGAAACACUCAAUAUAUCUCCACUGCAACAAAGACUUUGGACUCGUGUCGCUUGGGUGACCAUGGCCAAGGACUGUUUCGUUGCGGCAAUUUUUGGAACCCCCACCAUCAUCGACGACAGGUGGACGGACGAGUCCGAGGAGCCCGUGUGGGAUUCAAGCUGUUUUGACGAGUCUCGCGAGGGGCAAGCUGUCGAAUCAGAACCAUCACGCAGUCCCGAGACGAUUAAAUACAGCACCACGCUCGUAUGGCUUGGAGCAUUAGUGGGAAUGACGAUCAACAAGCUCCACGCUAUACCCAAUCCACCCACAGAGCCAAUGGCGUCAGCGGUUUUGGAUGAGUUGCAUGGGAAAAUGGACCAAUACGCCACCAAUUGCCCGGAUCUCAUUGACAUGGAACUUCAAGAUACAGCAACAACCCCCAAAGCCCAGCUCAUAUAUCAGCCAUUGCUCCGUGCAGCUCACUGCCUUUUGUGCCUGUUCUAUCACUGGGCCCGUUCUGAGAAACACAGUGAUGUUGCCAUUAAACUCGAGAGUCGGCGGAUGUCGCAGAACGCAGCCCACGAUUUUUGCGAGGUGAUGAGCUACCUGCGCGCGUAUUCACUUUUUCCUUACUGUCCUCUGUGGCUAGUUGCAGGCGUAUUCCACACGAUGGCAGUGCUGCUGAGCGACUGCCGGAACGCCCUACUGGAGUCGGACGAACCUCGCAAGACCAGCUCUUUCAGACUCCUCCGGCAGCUCAACGAAGACCUUGGCAUUCUUGAAGAGACCUGGAAGCCCGCGGGCUGGUUCCGAGAGCUCAUUCGUAUUUCGCUUUCCAGGCUCCAGGAAAGGAUACGGAAACGGAAGGAGGACCAAUCCCAACCGCCGGAGCUCGGGCUGCAGUCCCAAGGGGCCCCCGGGCCAUCUGCGCUGGACAGUGCGCUGUUCUGCGAGUCUCCGGGUUCCGGCCUAUUUGAAAGCGCCAGAGAACUCUUCCCCGACCUGGAGUAUGUAUUUAACUGGAAUUCGGCCGAUGCAUUCCUGCUAUAA